UCAGACGCCUCGCCACCUAUAUGCCUUUCUGGGUCCAGGUAAAAAAUUGAAAACAGCGGGGUGACGUCCACAACAACACACAUCCUCUGGCACAUCGCGCAGAGUGACCACUACGACGGUCGGUGCACACACAAGAGACAUAGACACAUCACCACGGGGCUGGUGUGGCGACACAGGUGGUGCUGGGGCGAACAAGAAACGCGUGUGCUUUGCUUUGGCAGAAGGGGGUAACCAAAAACGCCAAGUCUUAUGAACGGCGGCGGCGAUGGAGAAUUCUCCGGGGGAGGCGUGGAAGACGUGUUCCUCGCUGGGUUCGAGGCGUGGGGCGAGCUAGGCGGCGGGCAGAUGCAAGGCUCGCAAAGCGCCGGUUAUAGCCCCGGCUCUGGUGCUGCGGGCGGAGCCAGGGCUCCUCCCGGGAUCGGUUCCAUGACGGGGCUGGGCGGAAGCAUGCAGUCUUUCCUGGGAGAAGCUGGCAUGCUUCCGGAGGGCGGUGGGAGUGGGGCGGAGAGUGCUGGGGGUGAUAGCAACAACAGCCGUGGAUUGCGUAGAGGUGGCGCUGCAGGCGCUGCUGCUGGUGCUGCAUCAUCCAGCGAGCCUUGCAAGAUGGAGCUCAUGGAGGAAGAGGAGGAGGAGGAGGGGGAGGAGGAUCACGACGACUACUCCGAAGACGACGAAGCCGAGUAUAACCACCAGUACGAGCAGCAGCAGCAGCAGCAGCGCAGCAGGAAGAGCGGCGGUGGGAGCCGGCGCAGCCGGACCGGAGCCAGAAAAAUGCAGCGACAGCAGGAGCAGCAGCAGCAGUUGCAACAACAACACCAACAGCAACAAGGCGUCCGCGGGCUUGGAAGGAUUUUCGGCGUGGGCACGCACCCAGUGGUGGCCGAAGCGCAGGCUAGAGCGGAGGCCAUGGUGCACGGACGGGGAGGAGCCAGGAGCGGCGGCGGCGGCGGCGGCGGCGGGGGGGGAGGCGGGGGAGGUACGUCGGCCGCGGAAGCAGCGGAGAAGAAAAGGAAACGGGCGGUUCUGUCCAAGGAGGAGCGGGCCAAGCAGAAUAGGGAUAGGAACAGGGAGCACGCGAGGAACACGCGGCUGAGGAAGAAGGCCUUUGUGGAGGAGCUCAAGAAGCAGGUGGAAGAGCUGGUUUCGGGCAGGGAGCGGGAAGAGAUGGACCGGAGGGCGGAGGAGAGAAGAGUAGCUUCGCUCAGGGAAAUACGCUUGCAGGUGCUCCUGACUUUCCUGGAGUACCGCGGUCGGUGCGAACUGGGGCGAAAAGAAUGGCAGAGUGUCCUCGAUGAGCAAUUCGAGAUGCAGAUGCCGAUCACCCCCUACCGAUCAUUCCCGCCGCAACAGGUCCAGGGGGGCAAGCGUGUCAUCAAGGGACUAGAUGGCGUUAUUGCCGACACGCUGUCCCUCAGCGUGGCAACCAAGGGGCCCAGCCCAUCAGGCAGACAAUCCAGGCCGGAAGAAUUGCCGGCCGCUCCCUCCGCCACUGCUAACUCCGGCGGCAGUGGCGGUGGCCGCAAGGGCAAGGGCAAAGCCAAGAAUUCCCGCAGCAAGAGGAGCGCCUCCUCUUCCUCAGACACGACGACGACGACGACGGCGGGGGCACCGCAGGGGGCGUCCUCCUCAUCGAGGGGGGGUGGGGGCUUGACUUCCUCGGAGUCGUGUACGGGGACGUCCGAGCGCGACGAGUCAGCGGUGGCGGCGGCGGCUGCUGCGGCGGCUGCUGCGGCGGCCGCUGUUGCGGGAGUCGUGCCUUCGCCCAACCGCGUGUACUACGUGGUGGAUCCGAAGGAGGUGAUGGGGCUGAACCAGGCCUUCAUGUGUCCUUUCCUGGCGAGGUCUCCGCAGCUGCUGGUGCCGGGCAUGCUGAAGGCGUCCUUCAGCACCAAGUCGAACCGCUUGUGCAGCGUGCAGUUCUCCUUUGACCCCACCGUCCCAGCUAGGCAGCUGGCGCGCGCGGCCAUGCUCCAGGGCCGCGCGACCCCGGGCAUGGCGGGGAUGAUGGCGGGCAUGCUUGGCAUGGGAGGGGUGGACGUCUCGUCCUUGAUGGCGGCGAAGGGAGGAGGCGUGCCCGGCGCUGUCCGAGAGUGA